AUGUUGUUCAUCAAGGCCAUUGCCCUGACAGGACUCGCCGUGAGCCAGGUUUCAGCUCAUGGUCUCAUCACCCGUGUUAAAGGCCACAAUGGCAUUGACAUGCCUGGGCUGACGAUUCAGGAUGGAGUCCCCCGAGAUUGCCCAUCUGCCGCAUGUGGCGCCCAGAAGGAUACGGCUAUCAUCCGAGAUGCUGAGUUUGGAAGCGUCAAGGCUUCCCCCUUGGGUCGUACUCUCGGUGGCGGUCCCGUUAACCCUGCCACUGUUAUCAACAACUUUGUGAGCGGUGGGACGCAGAAGCGCUCUCGUCUUCCGGCCAGUCAUAGACGUAUCCAGGACCUUGCGGACGCGACACCGUUUGGCGGAACCAUCAAGAGUAUUCAAUCCACCAUCGAUGAUGCCAUGGCCAUCCUUCCAGGAACCCAGUCCGGUACAGUGACUGGCAAAGGUGCCAAGGAGAACGGUAUGCAAAUGUAUUCAGGAAAGGGCGCGAGCAUUGGUCUCCCUACUGCUUCACCGGACGGUGUAGUUACUAUGAUCUUCCACCAGGUUAACCAGGACGGUGCGGGCCCGCUUUCUGCUGAAAUCGACCCCUCCAGUGGAGGCACCGACCCCAAGGCCUUCAAGAGCGCCCGAGUCAUCCAGAACAUCCCUGGAGUUGCUGGCUUUUCGACCUCUAGCACCAUGGACUAUGCUGUGAAGGUCCAGGUCCCUCAGGGAAUGAAGUGCACUGCAACCGUUGGAGGUGCUAAGAACGUCUGCAUCGUGCGGGUUCGCAACAACGCUAUCUCCGGUCCAUUCGGAGGCUCUGCUGCUUUCACACAGGAGCAAUCUUAA